AUGAGCAAUAUGUGGAGAGUUUACGUUACGACAUUUAAUUGUGCUAAAAAGUUUCCAUUUGAAGAAAACGAGGCCAAGACUGCUAUACUGAAUGAAAUAGUACCGCAAGCUUUAGAACAUGAUAUUUACGUGUUUGGUUUCCAAGAAUUAAUUAGUACUUGGGAAGCAUCGUUUCCGAAAAUGAUUGCACCUAAAAUACAAGAUUUGGUAGAUCUCACGCUGAAGUUUAUCAAUCGCCAUGCUUCAGGAAAGACAUUUCGUGCGGUUGGCAGCACAUCUACCGGUGCUGUUGGGCUCAUUGCGUUUGCUGACGAAAAAAUUGGUCUGAGAAAAGUCUCCUACAGUAACCUCAGAUGUGGAUUAUUUAAUUCCAGUUUGAAAGGGUCAGCUUCACUAUGCUGCACUCUUCAAGGACAGAACAAAGAGCAGGAAACCUUUACCUUCAUAUGUAGUCAUCUCAACGCGAACGAGGGUCCCGAGAAUGCAGAAUUGAGAGUAAGCAAUUAUGCCUCCAUUAUGAGUGCCUGCGCAACAGAUUUCAGAUUAAUGCCUUUCAAGACAUCUCAUAUAUUCUUCUUUGGAGAUUUAAACUUCAGAGUAAAUGGUUUACAGGAUACUGUGACCGAUUUUUCAAAUAUAGAGAAUAUCAGUAAAGUAUUGACGAACCACGAGGAACUGAAUAAGCUUCGGAAGGAGAAAUUGGUGUUCGAUGGUUUUGAUGAAGGACAGAUUAGCUUCUCACCAACGUACAAGUACCAAGUAUCCCAGGAAAAAGAAUAUGACGGUAGAAGAACUCCCUCGUGGUGCGAUAGAAUUCUAUUCAAACAAUAUCCGAGGGAUAGUUUCAAGAUCCUGUCGUACAAUUCAGUAAGCAGGACUUCUCAUCUGCAAUUUACAGAUCAUCAAGCAGUCACACUCGACAUAAAGGUACCUUCUAUGACGUCAGGAACUGAACUCAAGAUACCGACAACCGUUCCAUCGUCUCAGCAGAUUUUUGUUGGUGAUAUUGCAGACACUCUGAUCGGCUACGUUGGAUGGGCACUCACGAAAAACAUACACUACGGUAUCAUUGCAGCCCUAGGCUUGAUCAUCUUUUACACUCUCUUGUGA